UCGAGCCAGGAGCUCGUGUUAAUCGCUCUAUGAACAAUCGAAUUUAAUUUAAUUACAAUUCAAUCGAGACAAAAAAUAGUUGUUUUGUUUUAUAUUACCGUUUGUGCAUACACACAUAUAUCUAUAAUGGUAUGCUAAGAAUGUCCAACGCACAGAGUAACACAAUUGGAGCUGUUAUUGUUUGACUAAACAAAGAACAAUGGCGGACAACGUAGCCUUUGAUGACGAGAAGUUGGUGGUAGGCAGCCCCAACCAACGAAACUGGCGUGGUAUUCUCAUAGCCCUACUCGUCAUAGUACUGGUGCUGGCACUGAUCGUGACUUCCGUGGUGCUUCUGACCCCACCCGAUGAAGGACCUAGGGUUAAGGGUAGAAGGUUGAAGAUACAGGACCUGGUUACGGAUGAGCUAGUGCCUGUUAGAUGGAAUGGGACCUGGAUUUCUGGCGAUGAGUUCGUGUACCGCGACCCGUGGGGCGGCAUCAGCCUCAUGUUUGCUGCGAAUCAGACAUCAAAAACCUUGAUGCCAAACACAACAUAUAGGGUUCUAGAGCCAACAUCGUUCUCUUUGUCCGCCGAUCGACGGUUUCUUCUACUCGCCCAGUCACCACGGAAACUGCAUCGGUAUUCUUUCCUGGCCAGAUAUACUGUCUACGAUAUACUUACGACAGAAUCGUAUCCUCUAACACCUCUGCCAGACGAAGUUGGUGGCGGUGUGAUCACCGAGGGUCCCCUUCUCAUCCUCGCAAUGUGGACCCCAAAGGGUCACGGCCUGAUUACGGUCAAGGACUACGAUAUAUAUUAUAGACCUGCCCCGCGGUCCUCAACUGGGUACAGGGUGACAGAAACCGGUAUUCCGGGGACCAUACAUAAUGGGGUGCCAGACUGGCUGUAUGAAGAAGAAAUCCUGAAAUCCCGUCAAGCUCUUUGGAUGUCAGCCGAUGGUCACAUGAUGAUGUACGCCACAUUCAAUGAUACACUGGUCCACGAGCAGAAGUACCCCUGGUAUGGAACCGCUUUGGACACAGAUGACCCUUCAAAGACUUACCCGGAGAUCAGAUCAGUGAGAUACCCGAAGCCGGGAACGACAAACCCAACAGUGAAACUGACGGUUGCAGACAUAGCAGAUCCGAAGCAUAUCCGAACAAGGCAUUUGACACCACCUAAAGUUAUCACAGAAGAAGGUGACUACUACAUCACAAGUACUCAAUGGGUGUCACUCACUGAAGUGUGCGUCGUGUGGCUAACAAGGGUUCAGAACUUAUCAAUUGUGUCUGUCUGUAAGAGUCCCAUGUGGUACUGUCAGGAGGUCUACCGAAUAGCAUCAGGUACGGAAGGUUGGGUGGAAUCAGCGCCAACUCCUCUCUGGUCAGCUGGUGGUGGGGCUCUAGUCACAUUGGCUCCCAUAAGAGACGGGCCAGCUGGUCUGUUUCGCCACGUGGUGCGGUCUGAACACAAUUCACACGGGCCUCGGGCGUUGCCCCUUACGCAUGGGAGCUUCGAUGUUGUCCGGCUGCUUGCGUGGGACCAUAUUAAUCAGCAUGUUUAUUACCUGGGUAUACCAGAAGGAAAACCCGGGCAACGGCACUUAUACCGGGUUUCAUCAGAGCCUCCUCGUCCGGGGACGCCGCACAAGUUACCAUAUUGCGUAACUUGUUUAUCUCAUCCGCUGCCAUCGAUAAACCUGGACUAUUAUGGAAACCUGGCUUCGUAUCUAUACAGCUCCUGGGACAGCGACUCCGAUGAGGAUCUGCCAACAUCACCGGCUCCAAGUAAGAAGAAAAAGAAAAAAGUAAUUGAAAACAUUCCCCGCAAUUUACCGUGUCUGUAUCACGAUGCUCACUUCAGUCCAUCAUCAGCGUACUUCGUGCUGGAGUGUCUAGGGCCUGGUGUACCCACUUCUGGUCUCCAUAAAACUGCUCUGCCUGAACCAAGGCUGAUCAUGCAUUUGGAGAAUAACACAUCUGUUAAGGAACGACUUUCAGGCAUAGCUUUACCAACCCCUAGAACGUUCUCAGUUCAGCUUUCAAGUGGUCACGCGGCGCGGGUGAGGCUUCUAUUGCCUCCAGGGCUAAGAGAAGAUGAGGUCACGAAGUAUCCUCUUGUGCUUAAAGUGCACGGAGUACCAGGCACACAGCUAGUAACAGAGGAGUGGAGAGUAGAUUGGGGAUCAUUAGCCUCCAGCGGCGGUGCCAUAUUAGCAAUGGUGGACGCUAGAGGUGCUGGUGGAAGAGGUCUUGCAGCUCACCAUGCCUUACACAGACGUCUAGGGACUGUCGAACUGGCUGAUCAACUAGAAGUAUCUGAAUACCUCCGGGAAUCCCUUCACUUCGUAGACGGGCGCCGAGUCGCGGUCUGGGGCGAAGGCCACGGAGGUUUUCUCGCUGCGCUGGCGCUGGCCAGUACGCUCAAUGUCUUCCACUGCGCUAUUGCCAUUAGUCCUAUUGUACGCUGGCGUUAUUAUGCUUCUGCAUACGCGGAGCGGUAUAUGGGUUUCCCCAACGCAACAGGCAACUACCGUGGGUACGCUGAUGCAGAUGUGACCAAACAGGCCCUCGCUUUAAGAGACAAGAUGCUGCUAUUGGUACAUGGUACCGCUGAUGAUAAUGUACACUUGCAGCAGACCAUGGCGCUAGCAAGGGCGUUGGCUGACCAGGGAUCUAUGUUUAGACAGCAGAUCUAUCCAGACGAAGGUCACACCUUAGACGGAGUCAGGCGUCACUUAUACCGUACAAUGUCCACAUUUCUGGACGAAUGUUUUAGGAAGCAGGUGCCACCUGAGACCAAGGCUGGUCUUCGGAAUGGCGGAAACCUUGACUGAGGAACGUGGGGCGAGGAGGAGCUGUACUCUUGGUAACCUGAAUAGGAACUUCUUGUUAUUUGAAAACCUGUAGUACAAUUGUGUCCAUAUCCUCGUGUGGUUCAACUUUGAUUUGGGACUUUCUAUUUAGAAUGUUUAGUGCGACUAUUUAAAAUACCUGGCUGCUAUGAUAAACCUAGGUAUAGCCCGAUCAAAAAAUUAAAAAACCUCCUCCGAGAGCGCUCAAUUAUCUAUGAUUGCAAGACUAAGUUACUCGUGUACAAAUAUUUUAACAAAAAAAGUCUAUUGCAGAAAUAUGUUUUAAAGUGAAAGAUAGUGAGAGUCAUGAUAUUGUCAAAAUUGUAAGAAAGAAAUUAGUUACAAAUCCAACAUAGCGGGGUUUUUAUUUUAUUGGUCAGGCUAGUAAUUUGGGAUUUGUCUAAGUCACAAUCUUUAAUAUAUAUGGAAGCAUGAAGAAAAUGUAUAAAUCGGAAAGUGUUUUUGCAUCUGUGGACUUAACCUGUGGUACUCUUUGGUCUUAGAACAAAAUCCGUAAAACGCUGUCUUCAUUUAUAUAUUCCGUCAUAAAUAUCUUGAUGAAAAAUAAAGUAUAUAUACGGUUUGGAAGUUCAUUUUUAAUUCCAACGAAAUGGAGAGUCUCUAUAUUCUUCGGAAUGAAUGAUGUUGAGUGAAAAGAAUCCUUAAAAUUAUAUAAUUAGAAUAAAUUAGAAUUGAUCUAUCGUCAAUGAUUUGUGAUCUUAGUAAAUAUUAAGCGUUAGUAGUUGUUUUGCUUUGCCUUGUAUGGACCAAGCUGUAAAAAAAAGUAUUAAGAAGAAAGAUUCCCAGCCUCCUUAUUAUUUAAUACCGAUAAGAUUUAGCUUAGAGCUAAUUUUAGCUAAUAUAUAUUUGAUAAAACUUCCUCGAAAAGUUUCCAAAAAAAUAAUGAUUUCAUUAUAUUGUAAUGGCAGUUAACAAUAUGUUCUUAUUUAAAGUGAGGGGAGGCUGUAUAAUAUGUUUUUGCAAUCCCAUUAUUUCGUGUAUGUUUAUUAGCUCCGUUAAUUUGAUUUUACAUUAAUUUAUGAAACGAGGAAGCAAACAGUGUAGAACGAUAAUACCGUGUCGCGUCGCCCAAAAGUAAAUUUGUACUAAACUUUAUAAAUAAUUUAAGACUAGAUUGAUUUCAUAUUUUUCAUUGUUUGAAGUAUCUAUUUAAAGAGACUUUUGUAAUAUGUGUGUUUCAUUCAUAAGAUGGUUCGAUUGAAGAAAUAGACAUUAGCCUUGUUUUAUUUUAAAUGCAAAUUUAGAAUUUAAGAAUGUAAAUAAAAUGUAAGAUAAACGUCAUUUCAAGUAGAUAGUAUGUCUUUUUACAAUUGAAAGUUCUAAUAAAAUUAGUAUUUUAAACUUGCUAUAGAAGCGAAAUAAAU